GGAUGGACUGAAAUUUCCAGCAGAGGGACAUUUGGCGGACUUCGCUCACUCUCGCAAGGCGGAGCCAGGAAAAACUCACCGUUCCCUUUACGACUUCUGUCCAGUGUCCAUUUCCAAAAACUAACAUUCUCGAAGAGGGUUUUGGAAAGUGCUAUGCUGUUUCGAAGAUUACUGGCUGAUUUAUCUCCGUCCGGUUCUCGAUAAAAUUUAGGAGAAAAUAUAUAAGAAGAUUGGGAAUGAGAGAACAAUGGCGAGCAAAUCUGAAGAUGAUCACAAUGAACCAGUAAAUGAACAAGCGGUUGCAAAUAAGUAUGCUACUAUGAGGUUUGAACUGAACCAAAUUUACUCAAAAAUCACUGAACUAGAGAUGGAAGUGAGUGAGCACUCAUUGGUCAUGAAUGCUAUUCAGUCGCUUGACCCAUCUAGGCGUUGGUAUCGGAUGAUUGGUGGUGUUCUAGUGGAGAGAACCAUCAGAGAGGUGUUGCCUGCUGUCCAUCGGAACAAAGAGGGGCUUGAGGAGGUUAUAUCUAGGCUCAAUGAAGCCUUAGAAAAGAAGAAAAAGGAAAUUGCUGAUUUUGAGACCCAGUACAAAAUUAGGAUAAGAAAGUCUGAUGGUGAGACGAAGGAUGACAAUGGACGAAAGGAAGGUUCUUCUCAAGGAGUCCUGGUCGGCCCUGCAAGUGGAAGCGAAUGAUGGGUCUUCCAUCUCUUCCCACUUUAUUUUCUCGAACUAGAUACAUAAAUUUCCCUCUUGUUUUGUACUGGACAAUAAAGUCUAGAGUCUUUGGUUGAUCAGGGCUGAUAGUAGACUGUAAACUCUACCAAUGUUGCUGAAUGUGAGUUUGUGUUCGUUAUUUGUGUGAAAAA